ACGGUGUGCGCACGCGCAGACGCAGUCGGCUGUCCGGGCCAGCGAGGUGAGGCGGCGGCACACGCGCGGAGGCGAGUGGGGCGCGUUGGUGUGAAAUGAGCAACUCUGAAGAUGAGGACCUCCCCCAGCUCUCUUCCCAUGCCCUUGCAGCUCUGCAGGAAUUUUAUGCUGAGCAGAAACAGUACACCGACCUCGGUGGCGAUGACAAGUAUAACAUUGGAAUAAUAGAAGAGAACUGGCAGCUGAGCCAGUUUUGGUACACUCCGGAGACCGCCCUGCGCCUUGCAGAGGAAGCCGUGGCAGCUGCUGGGGAAGGUGGCAGAAUAGCAUGUGUGAGUGCCCCCAGCGUUUACCAGAAGCUGAGAGAGCUGCACAGAGAAGACUUUUCUGUCUGUAUCUUCGAAUAUGACCACAGGUUUGCCAUAUACGGAGAGGAGUUUAUCUUCUAUGAUUACAAUAACCCAGUGGAUUUACCUGAGAAAAUUGCUGCACACAGUUUUGACAUUGUAAUAGCAGAUCCCCCCUAUCUCUCUGAGGAAUGUCUUAGAAAAACGUCGGAAACCAUCAAGUACCUGACCCGGGGCAAGAUUCUGCUGUGCACAGGUGCCGUCAUGGAGGAAGAGGCAGCAAAACUUCUUGGAGUGAAGAUGUGCAAGUUUAUUCCAAAACACACUCGAACCUUGGGAAAUGAAUUUCGCUGUUACGUGAAUUAUGAUUCUGGGCUGGACCGUGAACUGUGAACGCAGCUGGUAAUACAAGGUAGUAAAGGACCCAUGUGACAUUUCCCUCUUUUUAUUUUCUUAGUAGACUGAAAAGCUACGACCUCCCCUCCUCCCUCACAAACUGGGGCUCUCCCCGGCCUCACUUUCAAGAUGAAGAAGACAACAUCUUGUUGUGAUUUCCUUAGUGAGGGCAUCCCUAGAGCUUGGAAUGCUUUUGCCAACUUGAAUCAGUGGAAUUAUAUUUGGAAGAAGUCAUAGAAGCAUCUAGUCUACUCUCCUCACUUAACGCAGGUAAAGAGCAGAAGUACAGGCAGCUUAGUGAUUGGCCAGGACCUUGGCCUCUGCCUGGGGCGCAUCCCGUGUGCGGGUGCCUGCGGACACCCGAGUGUGCUUUGACAGCCAUGCCGUUUGGAGUUGUAGCUGAGGACGAGGGUUGUGUCCAGUUCACAACUGCCUCCCAGGAGCUCAGUGCCCAGAAGAGGGCACAUGCUCAGUAAAUAUUUGUUAAAUGGAUGAGUGUUCCAUUCAGAGAAAAAAUGCAAAUACAGGUUGCCUUUCUAGAUCUUGGCAGGGAAAGCUGAUUCUUCCAUUGGGAAUGCGUUACCUGUUAACAGCUAACGUUAGUUAAACUGAUGAUGAAUACAGUUUAUGGAAUAGCAGUAUUAUCCCCAUGCAAACCAUUUACUCUCCUUCAGUCCACUCCUCUGAUGUUUGCACUAUGUAUGUUUGAGGAGUGGCUAGAAAAUGUUACACAACAGUGGCAGUGCUUGAAAUAAUUACCCAAGGUUUGAAAGGCAAUUUUGUUUUUAAUUCGUGGAUUUCUUUUUUGAUGUUGAUCUGAACCUUCUAUUUUCUGCACAAGAAUGUAUGCUAGAUAUAACCACCACUAGGCUUACCUUUUUUUUUUUCCCCCAGAGGUUGAGCACAGAAGUAAAAUUCCCCAAAUGGUAUAGAACUACCCACAGCUAUCAAUUUCAAUUCUGAAUUUUUUAUUUGGAAAAUAUGAAUUUUGCUCAGCAAUGUUUUCAUGCACAACCUCUGUCAAUAUUUGGUACAAACUGAAAAUUCUCGGUUGACCUUUCAUCCAGAUCAAACCAAGGCUGAUUGUAAGUAGGGGCAAGAGCAUAUAAAAUAAACAACGAUGCAGAGAGGCUGACUCUGCAGAUGAUCUUCCUAAACAUCAACCAUAACAUUAAGAUAAAGUGAAGACCUUAAUUAAUUAACAGUUUCCUCUGAAAAUUUAGUGGAGCCAUCAGAGCAGAGUCCAGAGAGAGAUGCACAGCCAGCGUGCCCUUCACCUACAAUUGUUUUAAGGAUUUUAAAGCAAGUUACGAACUUCUCACUUUUACAAAUAAUUGUGUUCAGGGACAGACUUAAGCCUAAAGAAAAGAGUAAAGUUUUAAGUUUUAAGCUCACGCAGUUGUAGAA